CCUGGGUCGAAACGGUCGGUCUCGGUAGUGACUAGCGACCUCAACCUUUGUCUAUGGUGGCAUCAGUGCUGUUUCGGCUGUUGUGAAGGCUUGGAAGUGCGCGGCAUAAGCUGAUCUCUCGAGGGUCGGCGCUAAGGUCGGCGCUAUAGGGUCGGCUCGUUUGACUGGUCAGCGGCCAGCAUGUAUUAGCCAAUCUGUGCAGCCGAGGCCAGUGUUUGUGUACCGUCUCAUGCGAGCAGUGCUGCCUGGAGCCGCGAGGGGACGGAGCUCGGCCGGCGUGCUGCAUACGAGAGCCGCAUCAUCGAAGUCAGCGAUGACUUCCCCGAAGGACCUGGAGGACCUGUCCUCGGACGCCAAUGUGCUCAGCCUGGCCUACGGCGGACACAACGAGGACAUUCUCAACAAGGCCAAGGAGCUGCUGGCAGAGUCUACCCGACACGCGCUGGAGGUGGAGCCGCCGACCUGUCCAAACCUGAACUACGGCCCGCAGCUGGGCAGCGACAGGUUCCGCUCGUCACUGGCAUCGUUCCUGUCGCGCCGAUACGGACGAGAGGUGAAGAGCGAGCGGCUGGUGCUCACGUGUGGUGCCACACACGCCCUCCACCUGGUGACGUCACAGCUGUUCAGCGAGGGCGGUCUGGUGCUGGUGGAGGAGCCCUCCUACUACCUCGCCCUGGGGCUGCUCAAAGACGACCUCGGCAUGCGACUGGUGUCCGUGCCUCUGGAGGAGGACGGUCCGAACCUGGCCCUGCUGGAGCAGCAGCUGACCAAGCUGCGGGCCGGCUGCCAGUUCACACCCACACCACGGCGUCCGUUCUGGUGUCUGAUGUAUCUCAUCCCGGACCACCACAACCCGACCGGCGCAUCCAUCUCUGAAGAGAAGCGCCGUGGCCUGGUGGAGCUGGCCAGGCGCUUUGACGUCCUGCUGUUCUGCGACGACGUCUACAACCUGCUGACGUACCCGCCGGCUCGUGUCGGUCCGCUUCUAAUCACCUACGACCAUGACUCGCCUCCGACCCCGGGCGUGACCCCGCCGACCCCAGUGGGUCACGUGGUCUCGGCAGGAACGUUCUCGAAAAUUUGCGCCCCGGGCGUUCGAGUCGGCUGGCUGGAGGCGCCGCCACGCAUGAUAGAGAUCCUGUCAGAAUCGAAGAUUCUGUUCUCUGGCGGUGCUGUGAACGGUUUCAUGUCGUCGGUGAUGGCCAGCGCCAUCCAGCUGGGGUUGCUGGACAAACACCUUGACGGCAUCAUCGCCGUCCUUCAGGAGAAACUGGAGCUGACCUUAGCCUUCCUGGGUCGGACUCUGCCACCGGAGCGGUACCAAUGGAGCGUCCCCUGCGGCGGGUUCUAUGUCUGGCUGUGCUGCCCGUUCGACACAGUCCCGUUCGCCGCCUGGUGUGAGAAGAACCGCGGCGUUCUCGCGCGCGCCGGCGCCGCGUUCUCAGUGAAUGGCAGCGGCUGUCAGCAUCACCUGAGGAUCAGCAUCAGCUACCUCAGCCGAGACACUCUGCAGGAGGCUCUGUCCAGGCUCUGUGACGCCCUGCUCGAGUAUGAGGCAGAACACGGUGGAAAGUGAUGCUGGCAGUGACUCUCGGACGUCACCGGAGGGCGGUGAUGUCUUGUUGGUGUAUGGUGCCGAGCGAAGUGAUAAUUGAUGUCAUUUGUUAACGUAUCCCACGGGUCUGUGACGAGUUUAGAGGCUCUGUGAUGCCUUGGUCGCGUAUGGGGCUAGUGAAGGUGUCUUGCAAUGCAUAUUUACUUGAAAGCUCAAUAAUACAUCCGGUUCUUAUA